AUGUCGGACAAGUUUGGUUCGUGCGUGUCGUCGAAUGAACGCCACACCCUGGAGACUAACCCCGGCUGCGUGGCACGAAUUCCACCUACGCUUGGGUCAACCACUCCGAAAACGUUGUCAACCCCAUCAACGGUGCCCACGCACAGUCAAUCGAAGAUCUCUGCUAGACGGCACUUGGACGCGAAAGUUUUUGCCGUCAACGAAUGCAAACACCCCGACCACAAGCAGCUCGCGCUCUUGAGUUCUUCUGGACCAGAACAGUUGAGUCCUCUUUGA